AUGGCAGAACGCAAGUCUACGGAGGCAGAUGAUGUGUUUGAGUUUCUGGAGUCUUUGCCGCAGACUGGCAGAGAUGGUACGGGGGACAAAGGCGACAAGCAAAAGAGUAAGAAUAACGAGGAUAUAAUGGAGUUCCUCGAUGAGCUGGAGAAGAGCAAUCUGAGUUUGAGCAAGAAGGGCCGGGACGCGGAGAAGCCGAAACAAGAGACGGCAGAAGCCAGCAAGGAAACGGCUGCCACAGAGCGUCCUGGGGCUGAAUCGAAGCGGAAAGAAGCGGAAGCUGUCGAAGAGCCGUUGCACGACCCCAUUACGUCUUUAUCGAAGUGGUGGUCUUCUUCGGGAUCUGCCACGGUGUCCAGUUUCUGGAACAAGACCACCGAGCAGGCGUCGAGCAUCAAGACGAAGCUGGCGCAGGACCAGCUGGAUCUGUCGUCGAAACUGAGCGCCGCGGCGAUCACUGAUCUCGCCAGGAACCUGCAGAAGAUGGUCGCUCGCGAGACCGACGAAGUGCUCCGGAUCCAUCUGGUUCACGAUCUGGUCAAUUUCCCGCAGUUGCAAUACAAUGUGGAGCAGAAAUUCGACCAGGUGCUCAGCUCGCAGGUGCAGGGCGGUAUUAGGAUCUUCGUCGACCAGUGGGGCCACCCACACAAGUCUGCCGAGGAUGCGCAGAGCAAGAGCACGUCAGUACGCAAGCUUAAUAUCUUUAAUGGCAAAAUUGCCGACGGCGAGAAACUCGCCUUUGCAAACUUGGACAACGCUAUCAGGCUGUUCGACACGGCCCACGAGGAGUACAUGAAGCAACAAGAGCAGUCACGGGAGCACACGGCCGAUGAUGGCAGCAGCAAGGACGGAAUAAGCGACAUCUUCAUCUCCAUCUUGCCGAUCGCCGUCCCUGGGAACAACCAGAAAGCGGGCGACGACAUUCCGACCACCGACUCGGUUCACGCCGGCAACUUCAGCUUCACCAUCAUCCUCAAGGAUAUCACAAACGGCAUCUCCAGCAUCACCAGGUCCCAGGGGUUUCCCAUGAAGUGGGUCGGCUGGCUGGAGGGAGAAUCCAACUGGAAACCAAAGCACGCAAGAGAGCAGCCCAAGGAGGAAGAUGCAUCCAGCGGCGCGGCCGCGGAAGACGACGAAGAGGAGAUCGUCGAUCCGAGCGACUGGGUCAAAGAGUGGGUCGAGGACGGCCUCUUCCUCUCGCUCGGCGUCGUCGCCCAGAACUACGUAAUCGAAAGAAUGGGUUUCUAA